UCCAAAACCCGAACUCAUAGGAGUGAAUCGAGUGAUGCUCUCUUGGCCUCCACCUGCUAUCCAUUCCCAAGCUCUCUGAUGCUCUAAAAACUGCCAAAAACCCUCAAAAUUUUCUCUCAUUUUCUCUCUAAUGGAAGGUACCCUUUUCCCAAACAGGCCUUCAUUCCCAAUUCCAAGGACAAAAUCAACUCAACCCAACCACCCCCAUGUGAAAUUCAACCCUGCAACUCUUCCUCUCCCUCCCCAAUCCCCAUCUCCUCCUUCUCUGCCAUUGGACUCUCUCCUUCAGCAUCUGCUUCACUUCUCUUCACCUACCCACAAGCCCAAACCCAUCAACCCACCUAAAACCAAUUUGAAGAAAUUCAGUGCUGUUUCAGUGUCACAGUUGGAGGGCAGUGUAGAGGAGGCUCAAUCACCAGAUGGGUCUGUAGAAUUCUUGUCAAGGAAGGGUAAGUUUCUGCUGAAUUCCAUUGUGGAACACCCUUUACCUGGUUUGAAUGAUUUCUUUGAUUCUGUGAAGUUUGAGUUGCUUGAUGUUGAUUUGGUUAGUCUCUUGAAGGGGUUAGAUCUUUCGGGCAAUUGGAAAAGAGCUGUUUUGUUGUUUAAAUGGGCUAUUUUGAAUUUAUACUCUAGAAAUGAGAAGAUAGAUAAUCAGCUUGUUGAACUGAUGGUUAGGAUUCUUGGGAGGGAGUCUCAGCAUUCGGUUGCAUUGAGGCUGCUUGAUGAAAUUUCUGUUGAGGAAUAUUCACUGGAUGUCCGAGCCUGGACAACCAUUCUUCAUGCAUAUUCUCGUAUUGGCAAGUAUGAGAGAGCGAUUACUAUGUUUGAGAAAAUGAGGAAGACGGGCCUAUCUCCAACUCUGGUCACCUAUAAUGUCAUGCUUGAUGUUUAUGGGAAGAUGGGUAGGUCUUGGAAUAAAAUUAUAGGCCUCUUGGAUGAGAUGAGAAGCAAUGGACUUGAGUUUGAUGAGUUCACUUGCAGCACUGUGAUAUCUGCUUGUGGGAGAGAGGGGCUGUUGGAUGAAGCCAGGAAGUUCUUUGCCAGAUUGAAGUCAGAGGGUUAUGUUGCGGGAACUUUUACUUACAAUUCUUUGUUGCAGGUGUUUGGGAAGGCCGGGAUUUACUCAGAGGCUUUGAGUAUUUUGAAAGAGAUGGAGAAAAAUAACUGCCCACCUGACUUGGUGACUUACAAUGAGCUUGUGGCAGCUUAUGUAAGAGCAGGGUUCCAUGAGGAAGGAGCUGACUUCAUAGAUACAAUGAUCCGUAAGGGAAUAAUGCCAAAUGCCAUCACAUAUACUACUGUCAUAAAUGCCUAUGGCAAAGCUGGAAAGGAGGACAAGGCCUUGAGUUUCUUCAGGCAGAUGAAGGAAUCGGGUUGUGUUCCUAAUGUGUGUACAUAUAAUGCCAUCCUUGGUAUGUUGGGGAAGAAGUCACGGUUAGAAGAGAUGAUAGAUAUGCUUUGUGAUAUGAGAUCAAAUGGAUGUGCCCCUAACUCAGUUACCUGGAAUACAAUGCUUGCCAUGUGUGGAAAUAAGGGUAUGCACAAGUAUGUGAACCGGGUAUUCCGUGAGAUGAAGAGUUGUGGUUUUGAGCCUAACAGAGACACAUUUAAUGCUUUGAUUGGUGCAUAUGGCCGAUGUGGGUCCCAAAUUGAUGUCGUCAAAAUGUAUGAGGAAAUGAUUAAAGCUGGGUAUACUCCAUGUGUUACAACUUACAAUGCACUUCUGAAUGCACUUGCUCGGCGAGGGGAUUGGGAAGCAGCAGAGUCUGUGAUUCUAGACAUGAAGAACAAGGGAUUUAAGCCUAAUGAAACCUCAUACUCAUUGAUGCUCAAUUGUUAUGCAAAGGGAGGGAACGGGAAGGGGAUAGAGAAGAUUGAGGAAGAAAUUUAUAAUGGACAUAUUUUUCCCAGCUGGAUACUUUUGAGAACCCUAGUUCUUGCAAACUUCAAGCGUAGAGCACUGAUGGGCAUGGAGAGAGCAUUUCAAGAAUUUUGCAAGCAUGGAUACAAACCUGAUUUGGUUUUGUUUAACUCAAUGCUUUCGAUUUUUGCCAAGAACAAGAUGUAUGAUCGUGCCCAUGAGAUGCUGCGGUUGAUACGUGAGAGUGGAUUGCAGCCUGAUCUAGUCACAUACAAUAGCUUGAUGGACAUGUAUGCCAGAGGGGGAGAGUGUUGGAAAGGAGAAGAAAUCCUCAAAGGGAUACAAAAAUCUGGCGGAAAACCGGACCUUGUUUCUUAUAACACUGUAAUCAAAGGAUUUUGUAGGCAAGGGCUCAUGCAGGAGGCAAUAAGAACUCUCUCAGAGAUGACAAUUAGUGGGAUCCGACCUUGUAUAGUCACUUACAAUACUUUUGUAGCAGGCUAUUCAGGGAAAGGAAUGUUUAGUGAAGUUGAAGAGGUGAUCAGUUAUAUGAUUCAGCAUGAUUGCAGACCCAAUGAGCUAACCUAUAAGAUUGUGGUGGAUGGUUAUUGUAAAGGCAAAAAAUACAAAGAAGCUAUGGAUUUUGUGUCAAAUAUUACAGAGAUGGAUAAGUCCUUCGAUGAUCAAUCAUUGCGAAGGCUCACUUUCCGUAUUAGGGAGCAUAUGGAAUUAUGAUUUUGUAAAUUAUCACUUUUGGAUAUUCAUCGUUAGUUGCUUGGGCUUUUUGGGCACAUAUCACUGUCAAAAAAUUGUUUUAGCACUCACUGAUUCAUUUGUAAUUUUCUCAGGUGAGUCUCCAAUUCCUAAAGAUAUUAUAUGAAUUUUGAUCACAAGAAAAGAUAUGGGCACACAUUUUAUUGAUGUUGUUACUUCAUCAAGGUUCAGAUUCUUCUACAGUGAUAUUUCAGCAUGAAUGUUAGCUUUGAACUUAAGAUAGCUGAACAGAAAACAACAACAAAUCUAUUUUUUCUUGCUGUUACAUUUGACUUCUAACAGUUUGUAAUCUGAAGGUUACUCCAAAGGUUCCUGAAAUGGAUUUCAGCAAUUGUUGCAGCAGCAGCAGGAGUUUCCCAUGUUUUUGAACAUAUGCAAUUGCUUGUUAGAUUGUUUUUUGUUUCAAAAUAUUGUCAAUGAUGUGAUAAACAAGAUAGGAGUUGAAUCAUGUAGAAGGGUUCAAGUAUCCAGGAUUACAUAUUCCUUUGAAAAUGCUAAGCUCUUAUAUAUAGUAAAGCAGGUUGUAUCUACACUCAGCUUAUGCAGCUGCUUCCAUCCUUCUACCUCCUGGCUUCUCUUCUUUUGUAUGCUUGUGUUGUUACUUAGAAAGUUAUAAUUUGGGCUCUCCAUUGAAGAAUGCCCGAGAAAUCUUCGAACAGGAUGAAAAACGGACACAAAACUCUGCUACUCAAGCCUCAAGGGUGCUAUAAUUUUGUUGAUGGUUGAUACUCUCCCUGUCUUUGUUUCAGUUCUAAAUAGAGUUCUUCAUUUAACUUCUAGGGUUUCAGAUAUUUGUUUUUCAAUUCUGUUUCAGGUUGGAUUCCCUAUAAAUUUUUGGAUUCUGCAGAUUUUUCUUCUCCUAUUUUCAGUCCCAUCCAUUAAAGAUGUUCCUGUUUUGUCCUCAAUUUACAGGUAUGUAGAAAACUGUUUCAUAUCUCUCUGAAUUUGCAUUAUUUUGCAGAUUAGUUGGUACUAGUCCUUGUUUAGGAUAGCUUCUUGUUUUCGGCUUCAGCUAAAAGCCUUAAUUUCAACUGGUCAAUGUUGAUGCAAAGAAAUUUUAAUUAAAUAUGAAACCUCUCAGCAUAAGUUAACAAAGGGCUUCUUCAAAAAGUAACAUUAUCUUGGUUUUCAUAUUAAACUUUAAGAAGCCUUUUUAGUAAAAUUAUCGAAAUAUAUCAAGAAAUUGAGUUUAAAAACGAACUGCUCAAAAUUAUCCAAAGAAUUAUCCUUCUAUCUAUUUCUUAAACUAGUUUCUCAGUCACUUCCUUUGGGUUCGUCUGCUUGGAUGUUUUCCGGGUAUAAUAAACUUAGUCCUUGCACUUGGGGAUUAGUCGACCAAAGGAAUACCCAGGCAACUUUGUUGAUAGUAUUGACAACUUUCAAGUAAAUAUUGGUGGAUUGUGGAAGAAAUUGACUAACCUUGUUCACUAAAUUGAUGUGAAAAUUGAACAUAGAGUGGAAAUAACACAGAUCUAAUUAUCUGAGUUUUGUUGAGCAGAUCAUUCAUACUUACUUUGAGUAAGAUAAAGACUAGGCUUAUUGAAGGAUAGAUGUUCACAAAACAUUACUAGAAAGAAUUGGGAGGCAGCCAUUUGAAGAAAACUGACAAUUGCUAUUUUGCUAAUUAUUUGAAGGAAUAGAUUGGUAGUUUGGUACCUAAAAUUGAUAGAGUCCAUUUGCAUGGUUAAGCUUCCCUUUAAGGAGUGUUUUCUUUGUACCAGAAUCCUUCAUGAUAUAGAAAAAAUGUAUUAUUAUC